AUGGAACAAGAGCUUUAUUAUCUUAUAGCCAAGUUCCUAUCAGCAGGUCCUUGUAAAGCAUCUGCUCAAGCUUUGGAACAUGAACUUGAUCAACAACGACAACUUUUACCACAUACACUAACAUACGAUGGAUCUCAAGUACCACUAACCAUGGAUCGAUUGAAUAAGAAAUAUCCUGAUGCAAAGGGACAAUAUCUUUUAUCAUUGAUGGAACACCUUCUUCAACAUUACAAAAAAACAGUUGAUCCUCAGACAUUACGGGCAAAUGCUUUACGACAUGGUGAUGAAUCUCUUUUGACCAUGUUAUCUGCUUUUGUUCCUGGAAAACAAUAUGAAAAAUCAAACUAUUUGACAAUGACUCAACAAGAACUAGCUAACUUGUCAGUUCAUCGAAUGUUGAUCGCUCGUGAAAUGGGUGCUAAUAUUAUGCAAAAGAGUUGUACUCAAACAUUCUUAUCAACUUUUUACAAAGAGCGGGUUACUAUCAAUGGCCAUCGAUUUCCUGUUUUUUGUUUGGCUUUCGACAAAACAAAUAGACGAUUAUUCACGGGAAGCGAUGAUUACUUGGUUAAAGUUUGGUGUGUUAGAACUGGAUACUUGAUAUAUACCAUUCGUGGACAUUACAAUGUUAUUACUGAUAUUGCCAUCAAUGAAGAAAAUACUCUUAUAGCAACAGCUUCUUCAGAUGGUUACGUGCGUGUGUGGACAAUGGAUGGAUAUAAACAAGUAGCAUCUUUACGACCUAUAUCAGCCAAUGCAAAACCUUUUACAACUGUAAGAUUCUCCCCAUCACCAAGGUCAGAAACACGAUAUCUUAUGGCAACAAAUGAAGACGGUUAUGUUCGAUUAUGGAAAUGGAAUCGCGAUACCUUUCAAUUCAUGAAUCCUGAAUCACCAAUUACAUAUAGUUGCAAAUUUCGCGCAAGAGAUAAAUUACGGUGUUCUUCUUUCAAUUAUACUGGAACCAAGUUUACUGUGGCUGGUGAUGAUGGAUUUGUCUACGUAUUCUCAACAAUCAAGAACAAUCCUAUCGAUACUGGACGAUCGAGUACUAGAACUUCAAAUCAAGAUGGUCAAUCACGUAGACGACGAAGAGUAGCAAGUGCUCUUUUUCCAGAUAAGAGUGGACAAGAUCAACCACAACCUAUUGAACCUAUUGCUAUAUUGGAAGGACAUAUGGGAAGUGUCACUGAUUUGGCCUUUAGUCAUGAUGGUCAAAGGAUACUUAGUGGUUCGCAAGAUGGAACGGCUCGAAUUUGGUCAUACAAUAACGAAAAUGCUACUUGGACGUCAAUAAUUUUGGAUAUCAAAAAAACUCCGGACGUCCCCAUGGUGAAACCGUCAACAGCCUCAGAAACAGCGCAAAAAGCUAGCAAACGACUUGAAGAUUCAUCAAUAGGUCAACAAGAGACAUCUGAAUUUGGAACUCUCAUACCACCUCUCAGUCCAUCACCCUCUGAAUCGAUCUUGAACAACUCGAUUACCAACCAAAUUAUGCCUGUUUCAGUGGAUACACUAACAAAUCACAUCGAUUCAUAUCAGCCAAACAGUACGCCUGACCUAGUUACGACAAAUAUCAACAUUACUGCCAAUGCCGAACAUCAAGAUACUGAAGAAUCACCUAAGGUAUCAAUGAUUACUUGGACUGCUGAUGAUCGUCUAUGUAUUGUGGCAACCACUCAUGGUGAUAUCAAGGUUUAUUAUGCUUAUAACGGAGAACCUGCUUGUAUACUCAAAGGACAUAAGGGUGAAACAUAUGCUGUGGAUAGUCAUCCUCAAGAUCCCAAUACGAUUCUUUCCGCUGGUUACGAUGGCAAUGUUAUUUUGUGGGAUAUCAGACGACAAAAUGUGAUUACUUGGAGAAAUCAUCCUGGUAGAGUCUUUUUAGAUUGCAAGUUUUCCAAGGAUGGUAUGAAAUAUGCAAUUACUGAUGAUGAAGGCAACUGUACGUUAUUUGGUAUUAAUGGAUUAGACAAGGAUUAUGCUCAAACAAAGAACUGGACUCGUGGACAAUAUUUUUACAAUGAUUAUCUUCCUGUUCGAUAUCAAGAAGAUGGCACAUUCGUGGAUGAACAAACGAAUCUAUCGACACAUUUACUUCCACCUUCACCCAUCAUUGAUUUACAAGGCAUUGAAUACCCGCAUCAACCAAGACGAGGAUAUGGUCGUGAUAUUACAAUUCAAGCUCAAACAUUUGAAACGGAAAACUCUCAACGUUUGGUAUGUUACGACAAAGAAGAAAGGGAUAUUAGGACAGAAAUACCUCCUUCAUUACCUGUGAUGGAUCGCGCCCAAAUUGCAAAACGACGACGUGACUUUGUGAAGAAUGAGGAUGAUGAUGAAAACGAAACUGGUGGUGCUGGAUCAGCUUUGCCUCCAUUCCAAUUUCCUAUACCGGCGACUCAAGCAUAUCUACUUCCUGAUGAUUCUGAUGAUGAAGAUUACCGUGAAGAAGCAACUGGCGGACAAAUCUAUGGCAGUAGUGAAGAAGAUAGUGAAGAAGAAAAUGAGGAUGUUGGCUCUGACGAAUUUGAACAUGUACCAACUUCUACUGUGGAACCUUGGGACGAAGACGAAACUGAUGAUGGUCCUCCUGUGACUCGAAGUAGGGCCGGUAGACAGCGUCACUUUAGUUCAUCAGAAUUAUCAGACAAUGACCUUUUACCUAGUACAGAUGCACGACAAUCUACAAGAUCUUCUGCAAGAAUAUUACAACCAUCUUCAUCCAGUAGUACAUCCAAUAUUGUCGACAGAACUAGUGAAGAUCGGGCAACACGGGCGACUACUAGAAAAAGACGACGAGAAAUUCAAGUUCAAAGCGAUGAAGAAGAAGAUGCACCUUUACGACCGAGACGAAGAGUACGUAUGCGACCAAAAUCAUAUAUGGAAAGUGAUCUGGAUGAUGACUUUGAAGAACUUGAAGAUGAUAUGGUGAACAUUACUGAUUCCGGGGAUGAAGCACAACCAUCCUCAGUUGAAGCUGGUCCUUCAACAUCAAACAUUUCAACACGAAGUCGAAGAGGAACAAAGGCUCGAUCUACGGUGAUGGAUAGCGAAAGUGAUGACAGUAACAGUGAUAACGAUGAUGAUGAUGAUGAUGAUUUUGUGAAACUACCGAAACGAAAGAUAGGCAAACGACGACUCCAAGCAAGGAUAGCUGAAAGUGAUGAUGAUGUUGUCAUGCCAAUGAUGACAAGGGCUCACUCCUCUACAAUGUCAACAAGUUCCACUGGUGGUAAAAAACGGGCAACUACCAGCAAGACAUCGCAUAGACCAACACAUCAACGUGGUAUCAAUAUACUUCGAGAUUUGACAGAAGAGGAAAUCAAAUUAUAUGAACCUUCACCAUGGAUCAGUAUGACACAACGAUCAGUUGAAAAAUAUUUACCACAAAUGGGGGAUCGUGUGGCAUUACUUUUGGAAGGAUAUCAGCAAUACUGGGAACAAUCUGAAAUGGUGGAAUGUUUUGAUGAAAGACAUGGACCUCUUCAAAUCAAGCAAAAUGAACCUGUGAUAUUCGCUAUUAUAGAUGGUAUUUCUUGGCAUGUUGGACCUCCCUGCUUUUGUCGCCUCAAACUUACAAUACAAGAAUUGACCAAUAUACGGGCUGUUGCAACUGAACAAGCGGAUCCACAUUGGGUAUCUCCUUCGUCAUCAUCGUCAUCUCGAAAUGCUACUGGAAGACAUGGUAUAACUGGAAUGGAAGAAAUCAUUGUAGAAUAUUCUGAUGAAGAUGGAUGUCCUGAAUUUUUGGUUCUCUGGGAACGUUUUUUGGCUUCCAUGUCUAUCUUUUUUGGUCCUGUACAACCUGGCCAACGAGUAGAUGCUAUGUACGAUGUCGGCAAGUAUACUGGACAGAUAUCGACUAUCAACGACACCGGAAUGUACUGGCAACGAGCAAAAUCUCAAAGUCCUUGGGCUUGCUAUCAUAUUAUAUGGGACGAUGAUUCUUCACCUCCUGAAGACCUAAGUCCAUGGGAAAUUGUUCCUAUUGGUGAAGAUUUCUCGGAAUGGUAUGAUGUUGGAAGUAGAUUAACCGAUCAGCAAAUUCAUCGUGCUAGAAGUGUUUUGGAUUGGAUAUGUAACACCGACGACUUUCUUCUUUAUGUGCAUCAAGUUGAUUACUAUACUUAUUCGAAUUAUCUGUCGAAAAUUGCUUACCCAAUCUGUCUGGAAAUGGUCAAGGAUAGACUGAAUAAUGGGUUUUAUCGUCAUUUAGAAGCUAUAAUUGAUGAUGUCGAAUUGAUUCGAAAAAAUGCUCAAAAUUACAAUCAUCCAACCUCUUUGGCGUACAAAAAUGCUGCACGAAUGGCCAAUUUCUUUAGAACUCGAAUGCGAAAUCCACGAAUGCCAUUAUCAUUGGGACGAACGCGCAAAACACAAGAAGAAGAUGAUGAAUACAGCGACGCAAACAUGCAAGAAGAAGAUUCUGAAGAUAGUGGAUUGGAAAGCAAGGAAGCUGUUUUGAUGGAUGAAGUCUCGGAAGAAUCGGAUGCCUUUAUAAAUGACGAUGACGAUGAAGACGACGACUAA